AUGAAACUGAGGGACGAGAAUGCGGGGCUGCGGUCGGAUCUGGUUACCGAGAGGUGUCAGACGGAGGGGUUGUUGGCGACGGCGGCUGAGUGCCUCGCGGCUGUCAAGUCGCUUACCGAACGCGUCGCCGUUGCCGAGCAGACCGCGGGGACACACAUCUCCACAGCCACAGCAGCCAUGACCGGCGUCUUCACCAAGGUGCUGGACGAUCGGGUUGCUCUGGUCAAGGCGUGCAGCAGCAUGGCGACGCCGUUGUUGGGGGAAAUCACAAAGGGCUUGGACAAGCUGGCCGUCGCCCGCCGUGAUGCCGACGUGCGGUUGGGGAACCACGUGACCAGCGUGGGGGAUAACGUUAAGGCGGUGUUGGCCGAUUACAUCCAGACCAAGUUAGCCUCAACUUCCACCAACAUCAUCGGCGGCUUAUCCCGCAGCAUCGUGCCGCCCCCGCCCGGUCCAUCCCCCGCGCUGCUUGAAGAAGUCAUCAAAGCAACGAGGGAUGACAUUGUUCAGGCGGUAACCGCCGUCACGCAGCAGGCGCUGGGAACCGUCGGCUUCACGCUUCUGCCCAACGUGCUUGCUACAAUGAGGCUGGGGCGGCGUGGUUCGUCCCCGUCGGCCGGCGACCUGGAGACCGCGCAAAGGCAUAGGCCGGAAAAAAGGGCUGGCAGCGGAAGUGCAGCCGACGGCGACAACGCGGGAAAUUCGAAGCGGAGUAAAGGUGUUGGUGGGGAGCGAGCAGUCGGCGGCGACGUUCCAGAUCGUGCCCAGUCCGGUUCUCCCGUCCUCGACAUGCUGAGGAGAAAAGGGGCGACAACUCGGCUCCUUGGCCUGCAAAGUAGAGGCGGAGCUGGCGGCAGCUCGGAGGGCAGGACUGCCGCCGAGGAGGGUGUGCGAGCCGGCGGGUCUUCCACUCACGGCGGUGGAAGGAAAGGUCCGGAGAUUCCACGUCCUGGAGCAAGCGAGGUAGCACCACCGCCGUUCGAUCGUGGUAACGUCGCCGUUGAAUCGGUUGAAGUGCAGGCCGACGCGGCGACAGGCGUUGAUCGCGGGCCGCCAUUCGAUGUUGAGGCUCCGUCAAUCGGCGAUCAGACUCACCAAGCUCCUGUGGUCGGCGUGGGGGGGGACACGGGUGCCUUCGGCGUGGAGGAUGAUCCCGUGGCGAGAGCGUUGAUGGAGGAGCUUCUUGCUUUUCAGGCGCGAUCGCAGCAGCAGCCCGUCACCAUCGACAACGCCGCUGUCCCAACAACUCGCGGGGGGGCGCAACCUGUCGCCGGUACAGCACCAACAGCCCCGGUCUCGGCCGAUGUCAAUGCGCGUCACACGGCAGCACCAUCUGCUGAUCCGCCGACAACUGGGCCCGUCGCAGCGCCAAGCUCGGGGCAAGAAAAUGCCAGUCAGACCCUCACGGACCCGGUCGCGGCCAUGCUUCUGGCCGCGGUCAACUCGUUUCAAGCGGCGGCACCUUCAUCGCAUCCGCCAACUACUGUCACCAGCGCUGCGCCGACCAUGCAGCUCCCUGCCGCUGUUGCCACGCCGUCGGACCAAGUCUCGGACAUGCUGAUGGCCGAGGUCAACGCGCUUUCAACAGGUGCACAAUCCGCUCAACCGCAGACUCACGGCACGCGCACUGCGCCGACCACGGUGAACUUGGCGGAGCGCGUACACCAAGAAGCGGCAAACGAGACGGUUCCAACGGCGGUGCCAACGCAUCACCAGGUCGGCGCGGCGUCUGGACAAGGUGAUUGGGGCGCAGUGGUAGGAGACGAUGGUGCGGGGGAGAUCCCUCUCAUCAUCGAGGACGAGGAUGUGGAAUUGAUACAAGCGGCAAUAGAAGCAGACGAAGUAGCCGCACUUCAGUCUGUGGGAGGUACGUCGGGCAUCAGUGGCAUGGAGGGUCGGCCUGCCGGUGUUACAGCGUCCACCCAGGCCGGGCAGACCGUGCAGCCGGCCCGUUUGGCGUCCACCGGCGUCAAUGUAGCCGGCCAGGCUGUUCCGCCCAUUCAGAGUCAUCCUGCCGGCUUCAUACAGGUGGAUAGGGCCUUCCAGACCGGCCCGAGCGGCGUCACUGGUUCUGACCAGGCUGGUCUGGCUGGAGAGUCCACUCGGCCCACCGCCGUUACAGUGGCUACUCAGGCCAGCCAGGCCGGGCCUUCGGACAGGUCGGCGGGCGUCACUGUUGCGGACCUGGCGGGUCAGGUGGGGACGUCCACUGUUCUGGCCGGUGGACCAGUGGGUGAACACGUCGACAAGGAUGGACAGACCGAUCGUGCGGCUGGAGUCGGCGAAAAAAAAAAGAAACGGAAGGGUAAAGCCGCCGCGUCGCAGAAGGCCGUCGUUCCGAAAUAUCGCAGGGGGCAUGGUAUUAGGCUGGACAGGACGAGCGGUGGCGGGUGGCAGGGCGAGGUAAACCUGGCUGGAAAGAGUCGCUACACGGGGAGAUCGGACGACAGGAUGGAAGUGGUGUACCUCAACGGCGUUGCGACGACCAUCUUCGACGGACACGCCAGCCAAGUCCUGUUGGCCGAAAUGACCGGCGUUAAAGCCGAAGAAAUGACGCGGUGGAAGGCAGAGUGGGAGGAGGCGAAGGUGAUGCUGAAGGGUAUGUGGACGAAAGUCCUCGCCGACUUCAAACAGAAGAAGUCAUCAGGGCCCCCGGUGAUGAAAGUGCUGAGGCCGGCGGUGUGGUUCGGCACUGGUUGGGAGCCGGCCAAGCGCAAGCAGCAGCUCAGCGACAUCAUCAACCGCUCUUGCUUGUGCGCGGCGUUUGGGCAAGUCGUGGCAGAUGCCGUCCCCAAAACUGGUGCAGACGCCAAGCGCAUAGGCCAAGCUGUCGCUGCUUCAUCUUGCGCCGUCUGGUGCUUCGCCGAGACCGUGGCCGAGGUCGACAAUGCGGCGGGUGAAGCGAAGGCGGCGGCACUGCUGUGUGAAGCGAGCACCGAUUUUGCUGACACUUGUCACGACGUCGUGGUUGGGGUGCUAGAAACGGCGGUUGCGAGACAACCCGUCCUGGGAGAGGUCUCGUGCAACGUCAUCGACGCACUGCAGAAGGAUGCUCUUCGGAAGGCGUGCAAGGGCUGUGACCCCACACCCGACGCCAAGAUUAUCGCGAGGGCGACUAUCGAGACCCUCGCUUUCUGGGGGUCGUGCAACGCCGGCGGCCCCCUUCUCCGAGCACGCGGCAUUCAAGUGCCGCUGGACAAGCAGAUGGAGAAGGAUAUGGAUAACAGGGGAAAGAAGGGACAGAAGGGGAAGCACGCCGCGUAG